AGAGAAAAACUGGUUUAAAAAUUAAAUGAGGAAAGAAAGGCGUGAGAUAGCAGCCAGCUGAAUCAUCUUAAUUGGUUCCAUUCUCAUCAACCCAAGCUUUGACACAAAUCUGCUUCCCCUGUUCAUACGGAGCUUGCGCUUUGAUUUAAGAAUGUCAACACACUGAGUUUCCCUUUUGACUCGUUUUCAACUCAACGAUCUUCCCUUCCUCCCUCUUUUCGCCAUGAAAAACGCUUCCAUCAAAGGCCUUGAAGUCUUCGAUUUCACCGAAGAAGACGAGCUUCCUGAAUUGAUCUCCGAGAAGCACCUCACCAAAUUCAAAAACCCUAAUCUCGAAUCUAACGCUGUUUUCAAGUAUGAAUUUCUCGAAUGUGGGAAGGAGAUUGAAAAUACACAUAUGGAUGUUGAUUUGGACGAACGUAAACUUGGCUGUGACAAUGGAAUUUCAUGUAAUCCUUCAAGCACAACUAAAGAGCAACAAGUCAUGGAAGAAGAGAAAUAUCGAUCGGAUGCCAAUACAGAAUCAAAAGUGAAUUGCCAUUCCCAAGAUAUGCUAAUGCAAAUAGAUAAUCAUGUGACCCAAAGUCAGUGCUCUGAACUUGGAAAGAUUGUAUCUAGCUCUCAAAGUCCUGUCCUGGGGUUAAAUUGCACUCUUCCUGAGUUUCCUGCUGAACAGCAGCAUGUUGAUGGACUUUCAGAUCCUAAUGGAAGCAUGAAAGGGAGUUCUCCAAUGAGCCCUCCUUCAGAAACUGUAGAGGAUGGUGUUUUGUUGAACGGGAAGUCCUCGGACAAUUGCUCAUCUGACAAUGAAAAGGAUGAUCUUAACGAGGAGGUUGUCCUUUAUCCUGAUUAUAUUGUAUGUGGAGAUUUUUACUGUGCCAGUCCAUCGUUAACCUUUUCACAUAAUGGCAUCAAAAUUAAUGGUUUUGCUGAUUAUGGAAGCAAUGAGUUCCUUAACCUUGAAUGGAGAGUUGAUGAUCUCAUUCAUAUUGAGUCUCAGUGCUUUCAAAGGGUUGAAUAUGUGAUGAUCAAGCUCCAUGUUAUAUCGAAGGAUGCUGGUGAAUGUGAUAAUGCGUGUGACACUUCUGGCAUUAAGGAAGUGAAGAUUGUUCUUGUUGAUUCUUACUGGCCUGAGAAACAGCAAAAAAUCAAAUCUUUGGAUUCCAGAUACAUGGCUAUUUGGAAUAUUUCUCUUGAUGUGGGAACAGGAACUGACGAUGAUGAUUUGGGUGGGCAGAGACAUUAUUUCCCCAACUUUGAUGAACCUUUUGAAGAAGUUGUCUAUCCCAAAGGAGAUCCAGAUGCCGUCUCUAUUAGUAAGCGAGACGUUGACUUGCUGCAACCAGAGACAUUUGUCAAUGAUACAAUAAUUGACUUCUACAUCCAGUACUUGAAGAGCCAGAUAGAUCCCAAGGAGAAGCAUAGAUUUCACUUCUUCAAUAGUUUUUUCUUUAGGAAGCUGGCAGACCUCGACAAAGAUCCAUCUAGUGCUUCGGAUGGCAGAGCGGCCUUUCUGCGUGUUCGGAAAUGGACACGGAAAGUGAAUUUAUUUGAUAAGGAUUAUAUCUUCAUUCCUAUAAACUUCAACCUUCACUGGAGCUUAAUGGUCAUAUGCCACCCGGGUGAAGUGGCUAGAUGUAGCGAUGAAGAUCUGAUGAAGUCGAUGAAAGUACCGUGUAUAUUGCAUAUGGAUUCUAUUAAAGGAAGUCAUGGAGGUCUUAAAAAUCUCAUCCAAAGUUAUUUGCUGGAAGAAUGGAAAGAGAGAAACAAGGAGUCACCUGAAGAUAUUUCAACAAAAUUUAAGAACCUUCGGUUUCUCCCAUUAGAGCUUCCGCAGCAGGAAAAUUCAUUUGAUUGUGGAUUGUUUUUGCUCCACUAUCUAGAACUUUUUCUGGCAGAAGCUCCUCUUGAUUUCAGCCCGUUCAAAAUCUCCAAGCUUUCAAAAUUUCUUAAUGUGGAUUGGUUCCCACCUGCUGAGGCCUACCUCAAGCGAACUUUAAUACAGAGAUUAAUUUUUGAAAUCCUUGAAAACCGAUCUCGAGAAAUGUCCACAGCUGCUUGCAGUGAUGAACUCUUGUCUAAAUUUCCAUCCAGUAAUGAGGAUGACACUGGUGUGGAGUUUCUUCCGGAAAAUGGAAGCCCAGCCGUGGCGUUCAAUAACAAUUUGUCAAGCUCACAAGCUGCUGAUGGCAUUGAAAUUACUCUAUUAUCUGAAUCUUCCAACCGACACAACCAUUUUAUUGACAGUUCUGGCUUGGUUGUCAGAGAAUUAUUUGAACCAGGCGCCUCUAAUGGAUCGUUACUGGGAAACUAUCAAUCUUUUGCUCAAACAUCAUCGUAUUUUGAUUCAAAUGGUACUGUGCUGGAGGAGGACGCAGAUGCAGAAACUGGAGACCGUUUCAUGUACUUACCUCCAGAACAGGAUGGUUUGCAGCCAAUUGAUGCAAUGACAUCUCAAGCUUGUCGUUUUCAAUGUUCAUCAAGAAGUCUUGAGUCCGACCCAGCUUUUGACCUAUGCAUGUCUAUUCAACCAGAGCAUGGUGGAGGCGUUGCCUCAUCCCCGCCAGAUGAUUUGGAAGAUAUGGGAAUCAUUGAACGUUGCAAUAUCAGGGAAACAAGUCCUGGUAACAAUGAAGAAGGGAACAGAAAAAGGCCUCAAACGAUCGAGAAGGAGAAUCUGGAACCUGUAGCAGAAUGCCCUACGUCUGCCACUACCACGUUGCAAGAUGUUGAUCCAAUUCUCGUUUCACAAGAUACCAACGAGGAAAAUAUCAGUUCUGAUGAUCCCAUGUAUAAAGAGACUCUUGUUGCAUCGUUGCAUCUAGACAAAGACAUAACAACCAACACAGAUGUUGAACAUGAUGACGCACUGGUGGUUGUUUCGGUUACACAGGUGGACUUAGACGUGCAACCCCCUGCCAAAAAACCAAGGCAUUCCCCGCACCACGAAGAAGCAAGUAACAACGAUGUAAGGGAAGGUUUGUCGGAUGUUAGAUGAAAGGCUGCCCUUAUAUUUGUAAAUGAUAAUUUGACUAGUGUUUGGUUUGCCAUGCUGUCAAUAUUGUUAUGGCUCCAUAUCAACUUAAUUAAAAUACCGAUAGAAAAUUCAUUUGGGUAAGGUUGAUGUGCCCAUGUUCAUGUUAGUUAUAUCAAGGAUUAGUUUUAUUUCCUCUA